CGGAACCAUUUCCAACACUCAUAUCGUCCUUUCCGAUUCUUCUUCUUCUCCAAAAAGAAAAACAUAAGGUGGAGUAGACUUUAGGCAAAAAUCUUAAAUUCUCCAUUCCAAGUUUCAGAGGCCGAUUUUAUCUCCGAUUGAAGGGCGAAUCCUCUCCGUCGCCGCCUGAUCGGGCCCUUUUCCGUCGAAAUAUGGUGGUUAUCUCCCUGAAAGUUUUGUAUCCCGUUUUUCUCCGGUCGAUUCCUCUUGAUUUUGCUGCGAUCUCCAUUUCCUGUCGAUUUCCUUGGAUUUUUCUGCGGAUCCUGUAAAAUCAUUACCGUUUUCGUUGUCUCUGAUGUGAAUACUUUUUGGCCUUGUUCCGUCGCCCAUUUUUAACCUUGUCUCUGUGUAUACGCUUGAAUAGAUAGCUGGUGAAUAGGGUUUCGAUUGGGAAAGUAGGUUGGUGCGUGUGGUUGAACUCUAGUAGAUCUUCGAUUGGGGAUAUGUAUAUCGAAGAACUAAAGGAAAGAGAAGAGGAGAAGGGGGAGAUGCUGGUUGGGGUAGAUGAAGAAGGUAAUAGGGUUGUAGGGGGAGACGAGGGGGCUUUACUGAGCAGAGAAAGUGUGGUCGUGUUGUCGACAAAGAGGGUGUUGGUCGGUGUAGGUGCUCGUGCUCUAUUCUAUCCAACCCUGGUUUACAAUGUUGUUCGGAAUAAACUAGAGGCCGAGUUCCGGUGGUGGGACAGGGUUGCCGAGUUUAUAUUGCUAGGAGCCGUUCCGUUCCCCUCUGACGUGCCACGACUUAAAGAGCUCGGUGUUUGCGGGGUGAUCACACUGAAUGAACAAUAUGAAACUUUGGUUCCAUCGUCUCUGUACAAAUCUCACUGCAUUGACCACUUGGUGAUACCCACAAGAGAUUAUUGUUUUGCUCCUUCCAUGGAAGCUAUAGCCCAAGCUGUAGAUUUUAUCCAUAGAAAUGCUUUGGUUGGAAAGACGACUUAUGUUCACUGCAAGGCGGGUCGGGGCCGCAGCACAACUAUUGUCAUAUGUUACUUGGUACACCACAAACACAUGACACCCGAAGCUGCGUAUGCAUAUGUGAGGUCCAUCAGACCAAGAGUCCUUCUAGCAGCCUCCCAAUGGAAGGCUGUUCUCGAGUACUACUGUCUCGAGGUGCCAAAAUCUCGGAAACCUUUUGUAGAAGAAGCAGCCGCCGCCAUGAUACCGAGAAGUGUGAAACCAGUUCCAAGGGAUGUAAUGGUGUUUGAUGAUGGGACAGUGGUGGUGGUGACCAAAUCUGAUCUGGAGGGGUUUGACCCGAAGACAGCUUCUGCGUCAGGAAAUGAGAUAUGGGCGGAAGCGGGUCUAGGACUGGUGUAUGGUGUGAAAGUUGCAGGGCAGGCCGCACUAGCCAGGAUUUCGUACCUGUGGCUGCGUUGCCGUACGGACCAGAAGAUUUCAGGGGAGAGACUCUCCAUAGAGUCAGGUUCGUUGGGAGGCGUAAGCCUCGACAUCUCUGUCUACUGACUGAUGAUAUUAUGGUGUGGUGAGGGAAUGGCGAUCCAUCUAUAGGUUUUUGCUUAGUGAGAACUUGCUAUAUUGCCGUUUCUCUCCGUGGAAUUAGAGUACAUAAAAUAAUGGGAUCGGUUAUAUUAUAUAUGGAAGCAACCGUUGUAAAGACUGAGACUUUGCUUUGUCGGGUCAUGUGAGUAAAUACCGUCUCAUGUCAUGAAUAAGUGAAUGUUUAUGAGAUCGUUA